AUGCUGCACGCGUCCUGUCCAUCUACCGCCAUCAGGAGCGGAGGGCCUCUGUCGCAGCGUGGGACUCCCCGUCCGUCCUGGUUCGUGAUUCGCGAUUGUGCUCUUACUACCUACCGCGCGGACUGCACGCUCGCUCGUACCGUCGUCGACGGAGGCCGUUGCUAUAAGCGUGUCUAUAUCCGGUUUGAAUGGAUUGAUCGUAUCGUGGUUCAGCCAAUGCGCCAUCACGAAGAGUGGAAGCCGAAGCGCACGCAGUCAUGCAUGUGCAUAAUCGAGCGCGAAGCCGAAGCGCAGGAGCGUGAACGAGCAACAGCCCCACUGUCGACAAGUAUCUGGCUGCCGAGUGCGCCUAUCGCGCACAUAGAUAUCGGAUGGAUUUGGGAAGCAGUCGGACGCCACGCCAGAGUGAUUACUGAUAGUACGAGAAGCGCAAGCAUCGGGGGAGGGUAG